GGCGUGCAAUGAGGGACGGACUAGUGUCCCCUGCCGGGUUGGAAGAGGCGAAGUUCUAGCGCCGGGGCGAAAGCUGAACGGAGUUUGCCAGAGUGGCUUGCGGCGGAAUGGCUGUGCCCGGCUGGGAGCGCACGGACCGGCUGCUGCUGUGCGCCGUGGGGCUGGCGCUGUCUGUUUACGCCUUCCACGUGGAGACGUCGAAGGAGCGCGACGACACCUAUCAGGCCAUGUGCGAUAUCAGCGCCGCGAUCAGCUGCUCCCGAGUCUUCACGUCCAGGUGGGGUCGUGGUUUUGGCUUGGUGGCAGGCCUCUUGGGACCUCAUAGCGUGUUCAACCAGCCUAAUAGCGUCUUUGGGCUCGCUUUCUACAUUCUGCAAGUCCUUCUGGGCUUCUCCAGUAGUGGUCUGGCUGCCAUUACUCUCUUGGGUUCUUCCUUCAUCUCCAUCGCCGGCUCGCUCUACCUGGCCUACAUCCUCUUCUUUGUGCUCCACGACUUCUGCGUGAUUUGCGUCAGCACCUACGCACUCAACUUUGCUCUCCUCUUUCUCAACUACAAGCGUCUCAGCUACCUCAACCAGGAUUGGCAACGCCACGCGGCCAAAGCCAAGAAGCAGUGAAAGUGACAGAACCUCGUCUUCGAUAAUCCUGAAAGGGGAAAACUUCACAAGGGUGUCAGCCUUUGCUAGUGUUUGUGUAAGCAUGGCCUUUUUGCAUAACACUAGACUGCUCAUCCAGUUUGGAAACCAUUCCUACCCCUUCACCCCUUGCCUUGGAUCAGCGAAGUCUAAUUACUCAGCAUUCCUUUUGGACUCCAGUCAAUUUAGCAGCCUGGUCUCCGUUUUGGAACUAAACUCGACACCAACUUUGUUGUGUUGACUUAGAGAUGUAAAUCAAGCUCUUCUGUUUUUUAAGACUACAAAGCUUAUUUUAAUAGCUUUUUUCAUAGCUCUUUUUUUAAAAAAAUGUUUUGAUACAAAUCAGAUAUAGCUCUUCCUGAUGACAUUUUUUAAGGUUGACAGUGUUGAAUUGAGGGCCGUUACAACCAUUUCAGUUAGGCAACCUGUACAGUUUCAGGCAGAAUCUGCUUGUGUUGGGGUUGGCAUAGUUUUCCUAAAGCACUAUAAAAGUAGAAAUAUUGAGGAAAGGGUGCUUUCUCUUCCAACACUAAAUCAGCAAUCCUCUACACAAUUACCUGGGAGUAAGUCCCAUUGAAUUAAAUGGAAUUUGCUUCUGAGUAGGCAUACAUAGAAUUGCAUUGUACGCAUGACAGCUAAGCUACAGUUUGGCUUGGUUAACAUUCAGGCUGAUCUUCAGACCUGAUGCAUGGUUUACUUUUUUCAUCAUUAAUAAUAGUUGCCUUGUCCUUAACCCAGGACUGGCCCUAUCAUUAGGAAGACUGAUUGAGCAGGGGGUUGGACUCGAUGGCCUUGUAGGUCCGUUCCAACUCUGCUGUUCUAUGAUUCUAUGAUCAUUAAAAAUGUAGCAAAUUAUAAGUCAUUUUUAUUAUGAUGCUACUACCUUUAUGCAUCAAUUAAAAAUAACACAGUCCUGGGUUUACAAACCAAUUUAAUUUUACAUUCUAUUUACCACAAUGGCAGGGUGAAAGGUUUGGGAUUUUCUGCCUCAGGCAUCAAAUAUGUCUUGAGCCCUCUCUAUCCCUAGCUAUUAAUAUCCAUUUCAGAGAAACUUAAGAAAUAAGAACAUUGGAAGCUUCCGUAUGCUAAACCAGAUCAUUGGACCAUUUUGCCCAGUAUUGUUGACACUGACUGGCAGCGACUCUUUGGAAUUUCAUGAAGGAGUUUUUCAGACCUAACUGGAGACACAGGGAUUCGAACCUGGGGCCUUCUGCAUGCAAAGCAGGUGCUCCACCAAUGAGCUACAUCCCCUUCCUGCGUGAAGCAGAUCAGAGAGCUACUUUGUACAGUAUCAUUAUAUGUGCAGGAAGAAAGCAAACACCAGCCUUCCACAACCUGGCGCUAUGCUGGUUUGGGGAUGCUAGGAAUUGUAGUCCAACAGCUCUGGAGGGCACCAUGUUGGUGAAGGCUGGUAUCCACCAUAACAUUGCAAGUGAAGGACAAGCAGCAACUGUGAUACCUUCUGCUUUCUAGGUGGAAUGAUGUGUGCUAUUUCUGGACGUGUGCUCCCAAUCAACAACAGGGAACACGUCGUACUCACCAGUGCAGUAGGUCCAAAAAUGAAAGCAAAUUCUAUUUUAUGUAAAAGAAAAUAAAGGCAUUAAAAGCAGGAAA